AUGCAUCGAGUCGUACGCACAGUCCUGCUGCUGCUUGCGCUCGCCAUUCCGCCCGCGUCGAGUCUGCACGCGUACCGCAAUGUGGUCUACUUUCUCGAGUGGGGCAUCUACCGCGACUUCCACAUCGCCAAUCUCGACUGGUCGCGCAUCACGCACGUCAAUUACGCGUUCGCGAUGCCCCAAGUCGACGGCUCGAUCACUUUUCUAGACGAGUUUGCGGCGACCCAGCGCGUCUACGGGCGCGACUUGGGCAUCGGCGCCGUCCAGGGCUGCUUUGGCCAAGCCAACAAGUACAAACGCGCGUUCCGUGGAACCAAGUUUGGUCUCUCGUUUGGCGGCUGGAGCGGCAGCGGUCCGUUCCCGACGAUCGCAGCUUCGCCGAGCCUCCGUGCGACCUUUGUCGCCAACGCCGUCGCGCUGCUCGAGGACCUCGGCCUCGACUUUAUCGAUCUUGACUGGGAGUACCCGACGUUAGCGCAGCUGCCGCAUUUUGCGACGCUUCUGGCCGACAUGCGCGCCGCCCUUCAUGCGCUCCCGUUCCGCACCGAGCUCAGUAUCGCCGCACCGGGGUUUCCCGCCAACUGGGGUAAGGAGUCCAUGGCAGCCAUUUGCAGCCACGUCGACUUUCUCAAUCUCAUGACGUACGAGUAUACCGGUGCGUGGAGCCGCCGAGCCGGGUACCACAGCAACCUCUUCCCCAACCCGCACGCACCCGACGGCCUUCGCAGCUCUGUGAGCAGUGCGGUUCAGUACUACUUGACGCGCGGAUGCCCAUCUGAGAAGCUUGUCAUGGGCGUCCCUCUCUACGGCAAGUCGUUUGAGCGGACGCGGGGGCUCUUCGCCCCGUUUGCGCCGCCAACGUCCGGCUCCCACGCCCCCGACGGGCUCUGGGACUACAAGGACAUUGCUCGGCAUGCGUCGCCCACGUUUGAUGCGGUGGCGCAGGCCACGUAUGCGUACAAUGCGACCACGCACACCGUUCUCGUGUACGACGACCCUAAGUCUGUCGCGGCCAAGGUGGCGUACAUGCAGGCCCAUCGCCUUGGCGGGCUCAUGUUCUGGGAGGCAUCCGGUGACGCGGCAGCGGGCUCGAGCGCGUCACUGCUUACGACGUACGCGUCGCUGGUCGGCAAAGAAGACAUGGAUUUCCGACCCAACAACUUGUGGUACCCGCACUCGCGCUACGACAACAUUCGUCGUCCGCCGCUCCUCGGGGGGUUUACGCCCUAA